AUGUCAGAAACAAGGAAGGAUCUUGACGUGGCGACGUCCUGCCAAGUAGAACGUCUGCAGAAAGAGGCGCUAGAAUGCCUCGAAAAAUUCCCGAACAAGGUUAUGGACCUCAAUAAUAUUAUCGAGAUUUACGCGCCAUCUUCUGUCAAAAAUGGAAAUUUUAAUCAUGCUGUCAAUAAAUUUCCCGGCUCUGUUUCUUCCGGCAAUGAAGUUGAAGAUGAGCUUGAUACACCGGAUGAAAUUCCCAUAAAAUCAGAAAAAUCAGAAUUGGACUUGCGGUCGCUAACAAGUUAUUACACAUUAACAACCUACAAGGACCGAGGGGUGACUCUUAAUGGAGUAGGAGGGGGAGGAGUUUGCAAACGUCGUUACUACCGAGUUGGUGGGCAUCAUCGGCAUCUGCGUGGUCUUAAUCGUCGCCGACCAGCAGCACUGGGUCAGCUUAUAGGAUUUAUCGCAAGCAAAUUAGCAGUCUGCACUAAGAAUAUUAUAAUUACGCCCUCUUCUUACGUCCUCCACCGCAUUAUCUCCGCAGUCUUUCGCAGGCGGGAAUUAAAAAACGCUCAGUGCGGACCUUGCGCCGACUGGAGCAGUUCACUUUCUGCUUGCGUAACCAAUUUUAAGGAUGAUACAACCACUGUGGGGAGAUUUAUCAGUGUCAUACGGCCUGCCGCUGUUCAACUAAUCACAGACACUACUAUCCUGAAAAGAUGGCUCCAGUCGAUUGCAGCCAAGAAUAUCACACUGAAGGAACUCAACAAUGCGACUCGUAAUACUGAGACAAUUGAUUGCUGGGCGUAUGAACUGUUUUUUCAUUUGAAACACUUGCAGAUUAAUCGUGCGAAAGAAAAAGUCCUAGAUCCUGCAAUGACGGACGACGUAACCCAUCUAAACUUAUGGCACCGCUUGGUCCAACUACGAGACAACUACAUAAUCCUCUACGAAAAUCUGUACCUGGACCCAAAAAUCCGAGAGAUCCAGCAAAAAAUUUAA